AUGGCAUUGAAAAAGCUUCCACUAGACCUUCAAUGUUUAAUAUCAUCGUCACUUCAUAUCAAUAAUUUCAAAGGAGUUGUUGAAGAAUUGGUUUACAAUUCCUUGGAUGCCAAAGCAACAUCUAUUGCUGUUCGUAUUGAUAUAGCGGAGAACAAAAUACAAGUAGUUGACAAUGGGUGUGGCAUUACUGAAACUGAUUUUUAUAUUCUUGGAAAGAAAUACAGUACGAGCAAAUGCGUCGAUUUAAAUACUCUAAAAUCACUACCCAAUACUUAUGGCUUCCGUGGUCAAUUCUUAGCAAAUCUCAUAAACAUUGCUCAGAAAGUUAAAAUAACAUCACGAUUUGAAAAAGGUGAGGACACAUGGGUGAAAAUAUUUUACAAAGGAAAAGAAAGAGAUCUGGCUAAAACGAGUACUAGGCCAUCAGUUGGCACAACGGUCGAAGUCAGUGGUUUAUUCUAUAAUUUGCAUAUUCAGAGCAGAAAGUUGGAAUCAUUGAACGAGUUGACAGAAAUAAAAACAUUAUUAAAACAACUAUCUUUAGUUCAUAGUAACAUUUCUAUUAGUCUGAGAGAUGAUUCAAAAAAUGAGAUUAUAUUUAAAGUUCACAAAAAUAGAGAUAUUUAUCAAACAUUGGGAUUAUUGUUUAGCAUCGAUGAAAAUGAUAUAGUGGAAUUAAAAGUUGAAAAGAAAGAAUAUAAAGUGACUGCAUAUUUUAGUAAAAAAGAUAAGGAUCUUGCUCCAUACCAUUGGAUAUAUUUAAAUGGGAAAUUUUUAGGUAAUUGUAAGCUACAUAAGAUUGUAAAUGAUAACUUGAACAGAACUUUAAAAUUCACUCAGACGAGAAAAGUGAAAACAACGGUUGAUGAAAAGGAAGAUGUAUCAAAUAAUAAGAAUAUACCAUUUUACAUAUUAUUAUUAUUAUGUCCAUAUUACGAUUAUGAUAGAAACGAUAAGUCAAAACAUACAAAUUUAGAGUUCAAGAACUGGCAAGAAAUAACAAAUCUUCUGAAUAAACUAAUUACAUUUUACUCUGGGGAUGAAAUACAGAAAAAAGAAAUGAAACCUGAAAUCGCUGCAAAUGUAAAAACACAGCUAAAAGUAUCCGAAGGUGACACAAGAAACCAAGUAAGAAAGAUAGUAGAAAAAAUGUUAAAAAGCAACCCUAAGAAACUAGGAGUAUCACAAAUGCGAAAUGGUAUCAAGGGUAAAUUAACAAAAAGAAAAAAGAAAAAGAAGUCGCUAAAUAUUUCACUUUCAAAGGUGAUUCCCUCUCAAAACAAACAAAUAAAACAAAUUUUCGAAAAUGGCUCACAGAAAGACAACUUAAAUCAUGAUAUUUUACCUACAUCAAGUAAAUAUCAAAUUCCAAUACCUAAUGGAAACACAGAAGAAAAUGAUGCGAUGCUUAAAGGAAUAGAGACAGUAUUAUCAAUAAGUGACCCAAAACAACAUACAACGUGCAAACCUAAGAAGGAAAGGGAUUAUGAAAUAAAAUCAUACAAAAGAAAUAAAACCAAUGUUUUUGAUAUCUCUGUUAAGAAGAUUCAUAAAGAAAAAAACAAAGGAAUGAAAACAAAAUUAAAACAUAAUGGAAGUAAAAUUCUACAUGAAAAUGUAGCAGGCACAAUUAUUUCCCAUAAUACAGAAAAUGACCAAAUUAUAGAACAUAACUUAAGUUCUAUGAGUGUCAUAGACAAGAAACAGGAAGUUCGUCUUAGAAACCAUCAAGAAUUGGUUAUUUAUGAUUAUGUACCCCACCCCUUGAAUUCAACAUAUUAUACUGGUCUCUUUCAAAGUAAUUUAUUUGAUAAAAAGCAUAUAACUUCUCGAGAUUUAGUCAAAACUAUACUGAAUACGCAAACAAAUUAUUUUCCAACAAAUCAGUACAAUUCAUUACAUCAAAAGAAAUCUUUACCUAAACAGUGGGAAAAAUCAUCUAAUAGAAAAUAUAUUUUUGCGAAAAAUCAUUACAUUGCUGGAGACAGCACAAUAACAAAUAAUGCUUAUGAGUCUAAAUCCAAAAUUUUUAAAUUUGAGCACCAAACAAAUUUUUCAAACACACUCAUAGAUACUGAAACUCAUAAGGACAUUCCGAUGAAUAAUGUAACAACGCCAAAUAUUUCACAAAUAUCAUAUAAAGAAAUAAAUGUUGAACACAACAGAGAUGAUAAAAUAAAUAAUAAUGUUAACGUAAGAUCAAAAAUUUCAAAUCAUCAAUGUGAUCAGAUAUUACUUGGAGAUAAUGAUACUGUUAAAAACAACUUUAACAUGAAAAUAAGGCCAAGAUACAUGCCAAAAGGGAUGUCCCAAAUAUUUGAGACUACUAACAUCAAGGGAGUUUGUGAUUAUAACUUUGAUGAAGAGUAUUAUCAAUACAACAUCUAUGAGGACUUUACAAACGAAGUUCAAAUAAACACCGAAAUAUUUAAACCUAGAAUUCAAAAUGCAGCAGACGAGACUACUAAAGCCAUUGAAAAAGUUAAUAUAAGACUCCACAAGGAGAAUUCUUCACUUACUUUUGAUGGCCAGUUAUUGAAGAAAGCCCAAGUUUUGGGUCAAGUUGAUGGUAAAUUCAUUGCGGCUAUUGUACAAUCGACAACUAGAACUGAUAACUAUUUAGUCCUAUUCGAUCAACACGCUGUCCAUGAACGGAUUCGACUUGAAAAGAAUAUGUUAGAUUAUUUCAACAAACAAGAGUGGAAAAGUGUCAAAUUAGACGUUUUUAUUUUAAAGUUAAGUGAAGAAGUAAUUCUGUAUCUUCACAAUUAUAAGGAAAAAUUUUCUCAGUUGGGCUUAGAAUGGAAUUUUCUUAGUAUUGACGAAAUAUCUGUUUACGGUAUUCCUGAAGCAAUACUUGGUAAAAAUCUAAGACCGGUGGAGAAAAUUAUAAUUGCGGUGAAGAAUCUUAUUUUGGAAGAAAUUAAUAGUAUCAAAUCCCAAGGCGGAUGCAUAUCUAUACACCCAAAGUCUAUCAUGGACCUAGUAUUUAGCGAAGCUUGCAGGUACGCAAUAAAAUUUGGCGACAAGUUGAUGAUAAAUGAUUGUCGAGAAUUAAUUCAGUCUUUAUCGGACUGUAGAACGCCAUUCCAAUGUGCCCAUGGGAGACCCGUUAUGGCUGUUCUUAUGGAUAUGACAAGAUCUGAAGGGUUUGAGUAUAAGGUAAAUAUUUCAAAAAUUCGCUUAUUUACUCGAGCCAAAUAA